AUGAAUCCGGCAGAUUCAGCCAGUCGAGGGGGAACGCCGACCACUGUCGGCACUCCAGAGCCAGGGGACGAUGGCAGGGCUCACGGUAUCUCGCACGAGACGCCACCUCCGCCAUCGAAAAAGAAGAAAAGAUCGCUAGGCACUUUCCCCUGUCAGCACUGUGACAAGGUCUUUAGCCGAUCGGACCACUUGGCAAGGCACAACCUCAAUCACGAGCCCAAAGAAGUGUUUAUUUGCGACUUUCGGGUUGAGAAUAACGGCCAGGUGACAAAUUGCGGCAAGACGUUUGUCAGAAAGGACUUGAAAGAACGGCACAUUAGAAGACAUUUCGAGUUGUUGCAACAGGCGGGAGCUUCUCCAAGUAGGAAUGGGAGCGAUUACGGCAAACACAAGCAUGGUUCGUUCAGUAGUGAAAGUACAGGGACAAAUGAUCUAAGGCAUCAUUCUCAUCAUCCUCCUCAGCAGCAGCAGCACUCAACAGCACUGCCAACGGGACAACAACAACAACCACAACAUCAACAUCAACAACCUGGGAAAGGGAUGCAGAUUUCAAAUUUGAUUGACCCUUCCGAUCGUGGAGUGUCGUAUCCUGGAGCCACAGAUGGCUCUGGGCACCGCAGCAAUGUUUCUCAACUAGCUUCCGCUGCUGCUGCAGUCGAGGCCUCACAACACCGGAACCCUUCCUAUAGAAACCCCCAGGCUUCAACCACAGCUCAGCCUCUAGGUCCUGCUCCCGCUCCAGCUCCAGGUUUUGAUUCAUCACCAAGCUAUCCCAUGACUACAAACUUGGGCUAUCCACAGCACAACUUGGAUACCUUGUUCAAAAAUUAUGGAACAACCGUGCCCCAAAACGAUAUUCUCAACUGGUUGUUCAACGAUGUGCUGCAGUCCGGUGCAGUCAACCAUCAAGAAAGCGCAAUGCCACAGCCUCAUCUUCACUCUGGCGCCCACCUGCUAGGUCCCAAUCUACCGAUGAACUCCCAGUAUCAACCAAAUAUUCCAUCACCGUAUGCAGCGUCGCAGCCGUCUCCAGUGACGCAUAAUGGAUAUGGCGGGCCUGGAAGCUUUUCUCAUCCAAGUUUCGUCUACCCACCGGGUCCUGGAAUGAACGGGAUGAUGGAUGGCAAUGUGUUUCUGAACGAGAAUAACCCGCUUGAUGAAAUGUUUUACCCCAUUUACAACGCCAGAAACCCAGACCACCGAGGAGGAGCAGGAGGAACAUCAUUAAAUACCGGUGGCAACAACUUGGCUGGUGGGGAAUUUCCUCGUCGACAUAGCUCGUUGGCGCAUAACCCCAGCUCGUCGUCACCUACAAACACAAUGGAGUCGUCGCUCGAAAACGGAACUUUGCUUUCAGACGCAUGCUUAUCGGAGGAAAGCCUGUACAAUCGUCAUAUGGAGACGUUGAAUGCCACCAAAAACAAGCAGUUUUACUUGGACAACGAACUCGUGGAUAAGAUCCUCCAGAGUUUAAACUUGAAAAGAGAGGACUUGACGGAGGUUGAAGCAGAUCUCGAAGGCCGACUAUCGUACUAUAUCUAUCUGUAUUGGAAGCACUUUCAUCCUGAGUUUACCAUCCUUCAUCGGCCUUCUUUUGACACCAGGGCGGUUAAUCCGCUUCUUUUGGCAUCAAUGAUAAUAGUUGGUGCCCAGUAUAGCUUCCCUGGUAGUGCCAACCUUUUAGCUCAGCAGGGAAGGAAAUCCGCCGAGUGGAACAUCAGUUAUAAGCUCGCUCGGCCGCUUCGAUUUGCACUAUUUGAGCACAAGGAUUUCAAGUCGCCUGUUCGAGUCUGGAUGUUGCAAAGCUUGAACAUGUUGGAGUGGGUGGAAAAGAAUUUCCUCUCGCGCGCAAUGCACGAGCGAGCCCAUUUGCACCAUGGAACCACGGCGCAGUUGCUAAGACGGAGUGCCAUGAUGGGAGGAAACCCAGCAUCGAUGAAUAAGCAAGUCUCGAGUAACCCCUCGAGUGCUGGAGAAGAGAGCGAAACUAAUGAAGGCGACGAUUGUGGCAAGGAGAACGAGAUUGACGACGCCGACCAAACCUUGUUUGACCAGUGGGUCGAGUCAGAGUCUUUGAAAAGAGCCACAUUGAUGACUUUUUACUUGGACAUUAUCGAUUAUGUCAAGUUUCGACAUAAUCCACAAAUCCUAUUUUAUCAGCUCCAAUUGCUCAAUUUGCCAUGUAGCGAUGAAUUUUUGUGGGAGUCGAACGAAGUCAAUGGGUCUUUUAAGAAAUUGGUGAAACGUCAACGAAAAUACCACGAUGGCAGCAAGAAGAGGGUGCUGAAAACGGAGAAUUUUCUUUCAGGGGUCAAGAAAUUGCUCAAGGGUUUCAAGUAUGAAGAGAUCAAAAACGAAUCGGUGUUUUUCAAAAAGGUACUUUUGGCGGGCUUGAUUUCCCUCAUGCACCAAAUGCAGCAAGUUGAACUUCAAAACAACUCUUCCUUGUUUUCCAUGAGCCAUUUCAGCAGCAAUAGCAAAUUGUGGAAGGAAAUGCUCAUUCGAGCUUUUGACAAUUGGAAUUUCCAAAUCAUGCAGGAUUACAAAUUGGGACAUGGAUUCUCCAUGUACAAUACACCCAAGAACAAGGUGCCCUUGCCCAUUUUCCAUUUGACUCAAAUCAUCGGCAUGCCCGAGUUGACAAACUACGACAUUGCCAUCUUUGGUGGCUCACCAGCUAAUCAAAGUGUCGCUGCCUCCAUGAAAGACCACCAUGUUGUGCAGCGCAAGAUGCAUGGCUUGUGGAACAAGCAUAAGAAUAUCGAAAACUUUCGCAGUAUCGUCUACUGUCUAAUCUUUUUGUGGCAAGUGCUUCUUGGCGAAUCGGACGAGCCACUUGAUUGGGAGCCCAACAGUGAUUAUUACGACAGCUCAAUGGCCAUAUCCAUUGCAGUUUUGGUAUUAUGGAGUUACUGUUUUGUUACAUGUGGGCUAGAAAGCAGUCGUCUUCUGGAGUCUACUCAGCAGCAACUCAAGACCCCCUCCGAUGAAACUUUGGAUCAACUAAGUGCUGAAAACGGCUACACGUACCUUACACGGAUCAAACAAGAGUUUGUCACCAACUUGCGUAAACUCAACUUGCACAAUGAGUACAGUGUCCACCCUUACGCGGGGUCAAAGCACAAUGAUGUCAUCAACAAGUACUGCGAGAUCUUGCCGCUAAUCUCAAGCAAGCAGAACAUCUCAGGGCUAUGUUUUCUCAUUGGCAGGAAAGUAAUCAAUAGCCAGUGGGAAAUCUUGCGAGAGCAUGGCAAGUUGAUUAUCAACUGCGGAUUGAGGUCGAUUGGUAAGAAGAAUAUUCUAUGCUCGGAUCUUUUCGAUAACGAGCUAAAAUAG